CAAAACAAACACACCUUACAUUCGAAAGCCGAAGUAGUGUGUAUGAUCGUCAUCAAUGCAAAGGACAAACCACACCUGCACUCUGCAAAUAAACUUUUCUUUCUCCAAACCCUAAUUUUAAAAUAUAUAGACCGUCUCUCUUUCUCUCUCUAGAAGUGGAGUGGGGAAGGAGGAUAUGAAAGAAAGCUAAAGGGGGUGUUUCAGUUUAUGGAGCUGGACGAGAUUCAAACGCAGGGAUGUAAGUUUCCCAGGAUCGGCAACGGCAUAGGGAAAAGGGGAAGAGAGCAACAAUACCCAGAUGUGGAUGAAGAUGGAGGAGAACCCAAAAGGGGUGGAGGAGGAAAUGGUGACAUUGGUGGUUUUGGUAGACUAAUUUGUGGGUGGCCAUCGUCGCGGAUUGUUAGGGUUUCUAGGGCAACUGGCGGUAAAGAUCGACACAGCAAGGUUUUGACCUCGAAAGGGCUUCGAGACCGUCGUGUUCGUCUCUCGGUUACCACUGCUAUUCAGUUUUAUGAUCUUCAAGAUCGUCUUGGUGUCGAUCAGCCCAGCAAGGCUGUCGAGUGGCUUCUUAAAGCCGCGGCAAAGUCCAUUGAUGAACUGCCUUGCAUCAAAGCUUCACUUCCCAACACGCCCAAGCAGCUGAGAGACGAAAAGCGGUCCAGAGAACAAGGACUCGAUGAUUCUGCUGAGAUGGAAUUGGAUGGUGAUCCGAAUCACAAUCAGCAUCAACAACAUGUUUCUUUGUCGAAAUCAGGUUGUAGUAGCACUUCGGAGACUAGUAAGGGCUCGGGAUUAUCUCUAUCGCGGUCUGAAAGUCGCGUAAAAGCUCGAGAGCGGGCGAGGGAAAGGAAUCAAAUGAGGGCAGAGAAAGAAAAGGAGAAAGAGAGUGAAUCUGGAGCGGCCAAUGCCAAUCACCUAACAAAUGUGAACCCUAUUUCUCAAAGUUCAUUCACUGAAUUGCUCACUGGUGGGAUAAACAAUGUGAAUAGCAACAGCAGCUCUAGUCCCAAUGGAUCAGCUCAACAAAACCCUAGUGGUGGAGAGGCUAAUUUCUUCCAAAAGACCCCGAUUGAUUACUAUGCCUCUGGUUUUCUUGCUCCAUCAUCAUUGGCGUCCCGAAACCAUAACUCAUCAUCUGGGUUUUCCGGACAAAUUUACUUGGCAAAUUCAACGAUUUCGCCAUUCAGCGUUGCGGGAGAUCAUCAUCAUCAUCAUCAUCCAGAGCUGCAACAUUUCUCUCUUGCCCCAGACCAUUUCCUCCCAGUAGCUUCUUCUGCAGUAGCUGGUGGUGGGAGUGGAAGUGAUUACAACCUCAACUUCACAUUCUCUGCCGGCCUUGCUGGUAUGAAUAGGGGGACCCUUCAGUCCAAUUCACCAUCUUUGUUACCUCACCGUCAGAGGUUAUCAUCAUCAUCACAUAUAGACGCAUCAAAUUCAAAUGUAAAUGUUAAUGUACCCUUCUUCAUCGGGACCGCUGCGCCGAAUGCUGCAUCUUUGGAGAAUCAUCAUCAUCAGUUCCCACAUGGUCUUGAUGGCCGCUUGCAACUCAGCUAUGGCGAUAGCGGAAGGCAUUCAGACCACAAGGGCAAAGGAAAGAACUGAGUUAGCAUAGCUCUCGGCCCAUCUUCAUCUCUCUGAUGCUGGAGAAUACUGAAGAUGGAGACGGCAGCAAAGCCGUGAGUGAAUGCAUACCACCCCUGCAUCUGGAAAUGCCAUUAUUCUGCUUCUAAAAUUCUCUUGAUGUUUGCUUAAUCCAAUGUAAAGCCAUUCAGCUCGCAUUCAUGUGUUUGGACAUGUUAUUUAUGCAAGCAAGGUGUGUUCAUGUUUUAUGAUGGGAUAUACCAAAGACGUUAUUUGGUUCCAGUUAGUCGUUCUGCUUCUGAUUCUAUUGUGGAAUUAAUUGUCCAUGUUCAUCCUUGUUAUUGAAGCUGAAUCACCAUUUCUGUUUC